GCCAAUUGUUCUCUCUUCCUACCAUAAUGGCUCUCAGCGAUACCCGCUCCUUACGAGAUUCCGCCAGCACGAUGCCUGACAAGCAGGCGGGUCUUGCAUAUGCUCAGCGUCCGGCGCUUUACACCCUCCCUCGCGAAACCCUUGACGAGAUAGCUAGUCAUCUCGGCAAACCUGACCUCAUUUCUCUGGCCUUGGUCGACCGCCACUAUAAUCCAAUUGCUCAGCGCAAGAUCUGGCACACUCUGUCCUCACUGGUGCCUAUCAUGCUCCUUCUCCCUGAGGAGCGUUUAUGUUUGGAGGAAAUCAAAGUCCCUGAUCACUAUAGUGUUGAACGAAAAAUCUGGCUAUUGCAUCUUCUGGAUAUCGAUGACAGUGAUUGGGAUUCAUACCCGCGCCUUCGACUGCUGGCGUCGUACGUCCGGAAGCUAUACCUUCAUCCUCUGCUAGAGGAUAAACGCGAUCGCGACUCCCGUCUGCCCACAUUCUUCCGCCAGGGCAAAGUAUACAUCGACUGGACGACUCAUGCCCUCAUGGCCGAUUCCCUCGCGAGGUGCCGCGACGAUUUCACCCUAUUCCACAACCUGCAAACUCUGGAAGUCUACAGCGGCGUAGACGGCGGUUUCCCUGCGAAGCUCUUACUCCCAUUCACCGGCCCGCGUCUGUCGACUUUCAUCCCGCGUUGCCUCAUCGCCGACAUGGACGCCGAUCCGCUUUGGAACAAUAUCAAUAUCACAGAGUUCCGAUUCGCCGAUCCACGCUCAGCGGGGAAGGCUGGGGACGCGAGCGCCCUUACUAUCCCGCUGCUCGCAGCGAUGCGACCCCAGUUCGCGUCUCUACGCACGCUCGACCUACGUUUGCAUCACUCCACCGGCCUGCGUACAUUGCUGAAGGAAUGCACCGACUCGCUCGUCCAGCUUACCCUGACGCUCGGUGACUGCAGCGAGACCGUGGGUAGCUUCAACCUGCUAGGUCUGCGCCGGAUCACCCUGCGAGGCCAGUCUGCUGCAUUCGCCGUCGCUCUUCUAGGAUCGCCGCAUCUUCAGCAGGUGGAUCUGCAGACAUCGUUCAUGAAGGGCGAAAGCGAUCUGGAGGAUAUUGUCGCCGCCAUCGCGCGGACCUGUCAACCAAGCGUUCUUCGCUCAGCUCGCAUUGUUGGCAAAACCGUAGGAAAGUUAGAGCCGGAUGAUCGCCUGCAUAGCCCAGAUGAAUCGCCUAUCGCCAAGGAAUGGUUCCUCUCCCUGCGCCACAUAAACUCACUUCUGGCCUUUACCGAGCUCAUCACCCUCGAGGUCCGUGCAUCGUACAAAAUCAUGCUGGACAACUCCGACUACGCAUUAUUGGCUCAGCACCUACCUCAUAUCCGCGUCUUCAAGGUGGAGACAUACGACAUGUACUCUUUCGGUAAUUGGGAACGCGAAAGGAUCCUACCACCGCAGCUCGCGACCCUCAACGCCCUCAUCCGCUUCGCGUAUCAUUGCCCCGACCUCGAGCGACUCUCCUUGAAUAUCCAUGACGUGAGGGACAUACCGUCGCUCGAGGACUGGGAUUGCCUGCUGGAUACUCCCAGUCAGGUCUCCGAACUGGCCGUUGGUUUCGGUGGUCUGGAGGUGCCCGUCUCCGAAGUCGCCCGCUUCCUCCAUUUGCUCUUCCCGGCACUCAAACACCUCAAAAGCGCACAAGCUCGUCUAGCUACGACGUGGCAACACGUAGACAAACUACUCAUGGAGGCGCGUGGUCGCGUCGACAAGCCGCGCCCUUUGAAUAUCUUCCAUGUCAUGAACGGCCAAUACGACGGCUAGUACAGCCUAAGCGACGAGAUUUGAUUCUUCCAUGUACGGCUGCGACGUCGUCCCCGUGUAUCUUUCCCGACGUGUUGUGUGUAAUGGGUAUAUUCGUCGCCCCGUCUCUUGUCCUUUAUGUAGCCCGAGAAUCACCACAAGCAUCCUCUCGUCGCUCGUGACCGUCCCCUGGCGCGCGUUAGGUAACCAAAUGGUCUGCCCUCAAGUUCGCCCUACAACUAGC